GAGGAGCUGGGGAGGGGGGACUUAAUUACAACAGAUUGGUGCAUGUGUGGCGACGGCACGGCCGAACGUUAUUUCACGUUUUAACCAUUUUUGAGCCCCGUUAAUGUUCCGUGUGGGUUGUCGCGCGAUUUGGUUUUACAUGACUUCUCAGGCGAAUUAAUCAUCGGCGGCGAAAAUAACGAGGCAGUCGGGCGGCAGCAUCUCGCGGCGGUGUUUGGAUCCCGGCAGGCGUGGAAGGAAAGUGCGUUGUUGUUAGUUGACACUCAUCACCAUCAUUAUCCGGCCUGCUGAGAGGCGAAGCCGGGAGCUGGAGUUUGCGACGGAGCUCUCACCAUGGCGGUAAACCUGGACAAGGACGCGUACUACCGCCGCAUUAAGAGGUUUUACAGCAACUGGAAGAAAGGAGAGGAUGAGUUCGGGAAAGUCGAUGCCAUCGUGGUGUCGGUGGGAGUGGAUGAAGAAAUUGUGUACGCCAAAUCCACAGCCAUUCAGACCUGGCUCUUCGGCUACGAGCUGACGGACACCAUCAUGGUGUUCUGCGAAACCAAGAUCAUCUUCCUCGCCAGCAAAAAGAAGGUGGACUUUCUUAAGCAGGUGGCGGUGACCAAGGGCAACGAGAACGCCAACGGCGUGCCGCCCAUCACCCUGCUCACCAGAGAAAAGAAUGAAAGCAACAAGGCCAACUUCGACAAGAUGAUCGAGGCCAUCAAGGCCAGCAAAGAGGGCAAGACGGUGGGCGUGUUCAGCAAGGACAAAUUCCCCGGGGAGUACAUGAAGAGCUGGAACGACACCAUCUCCGCCGAGAGCCUGGCCAAGGUGGACAUCAGCGCCGUGGUGGCCUACACCAUGGCGGUGAAGGAGGACGGCGAGCUCAGCCUGAUGAAGAAGGCGGCCACCAUCACCAGCGAGGUGUACUCCAAGUUUUUCAAAGAGCGGGUGAUGGAGAUCGUGGACGCGGACGAGGUGAGGCCGGCGGGCCGGGGCCCCCCGCGGUCAUCCACGCCAUCCCGGUCGCACCCCGUUAACCUGCGUCAAAUCCCCCCCCCCCCCCAACAGAAAGUGCGGCACAGCAAGCUGGCCGAGUCGGUGGAGAAAGCCAUCGAGGAGAAGAAGUACCUGGGCGGCGCCGACCCGUCCACGGUGGAGAUGUGCUACCCCCCCAUCAUCCAGAGCGGAGGGAACUACAGCCUGAAGUUCAGCGUGGUCAGCGAUAAGAACCACAUGCACUUCGGCGCCAUCACGUGCGCCAUGGGCAUCCGCUACAAGUCGUACUGCUCCAACCUGGUGCGCACCCUCAUGGUGGACCCCUCGCAGGAGAUGCAGGACAACUACAACUUCCUGCUGCAGGUGGAGGAGGAGCUGCUCAAGGAGCUCAAGCACGGUGUAAAGAUCAGCGACGCCUACAACACGGUUCUGGAUUACGUGAAGAAAGAGAAGCCUGAGCUGGUGGCCAGGCUGACGAAAAACCUGGGCUUCGCCAUGGGGAUCGAGUUCAGAGAGGGAUCCCUGGUUCUGAAUGCCAAAAACCAGUACAAACUGAAAAAAGGUAUGGUUCUAAGUAUCAGUUUGGGGUUUUCGGACCUCAUAAAUAAGGAUGGCAAGAAGGAUGAGCAGAAGUACGCCUUGUUUAUCGGUGACUCGAUUCAGAUCAAUGAGGAGGAGCCCGCCACGAUACUGACGCAAGCCAAGAAAAAGAUCAAAAACGUGGGGAUCUUCUUGAAGAACGACGACGAGGACGACGAGGAGGAGGACGGCGACGACGCCGAGGAGCUGCUGGGGAAGGGAGCGCGGAGCGCCGCCCUGCUGGCCGACAGAACCAGGAAUGAGAUGACGGCAGAGGAGAAGAGACGAGCCCAUCAGAAGGAGCUGGCCAACAGUCUAAACGAGGAAGCCAAGCGCCGUCUGACUGAGCAGAAAGGAGAGCAGCAGAUCCAGAAGGCCAGAAAAUCUAACGUGUCCUAUAAGAACGUGUCCCAGAUGCCGAGAGAAAAAGACAUCAGGGACAUGAAGAUCUUCAUCGACAAGAAGUACGAAACUGUGGUGAUGCCGGUUUUUGGCAUCGCCACGCCGUUCCACAUCGCCACCAUCAAGAACAUCAGUAUGUCAGUAGAGGGCGACUACACCUACCUUAGGAUCAACUUCUACGUCCCCGGCAGCUCUCUUGGACGGCAGGAAGGAAAUAUCUUUCCCAACCCCGACGCUACAUUUGUCAAAGAAAUCACGUACCGGGCGUCCAACCUCAAGGCCCCCGGCGACCCGUCCGUGCCCUCCACCAACCUGCAGAACGCCUUCCGCAUCAUCAAGGAGGUCCAGAAGCGCUACAAAACGCGAGAGGCCGAAGAGAAGGAGAAGGAGGGCAUCGUCAAGCAGGACUCCCUGGUCAUCAACCUCAACCGAAGCAACCCCAAACUCAAAGACCUCUACAUCCGGCCCAACAUCGCGCAGAAGAGGAUGCAGGGCUCCCUGGAGGCGCACACCAACGGCUUCCGCUUCACGUCAGUCCGCGGAGACAAAGUGGACAUUCUGUACAACAACAUCAAACACGCCAUUUUCCAGCCGUGCGACGGCGAGAUGAUCAUCGUGCUUCACUUCCAUCUGAAGAACGCCAUAAUGUUCGGCAAGAGGCGCCACACGGACGUGCAGUUCUACACGGAGGUCGGGGAGAUCACCACAGACCUGGGCAAGCACCAGCACAUGCACGACCGCGACGACCUGUACGCCGAGCAGAUGGAGCGCGAGAUGAGGCACAAGCUCAAGUCCGCCUUCAAGAACUUCAUCGAGAAGGUGGAGACGCUGACCAAAGAGGAGCUGGAGUUCGAGGUUCCCUUCAGGGACCUGGGGUUCCAGGGCGCCCCCUACAGGAGCACGUGCCUCCUACAGCCGACGUCCAGUUCCCUCGUUAAUGUUACUGAAUGGCCGCCGUUCGUGGUCACCCUGGACGAGGUGGAGUUGGUCCACUUCGAGCGCGUGCAGUUCCACCUGAAGAACUUCGACGUGGUCAUCGUCUACAAGGACUACAACAAGAAGGUCACCAUGAUCAACGCCGUGCCCGUCAACUCCCUGGACCCCAUCAAGGAGUGGCUCAACUCGUGCGAUAUCAAGUACACGGAAGGAGUUCAGUCUCUGAACUGGACCAAGAUCAUGAAGACCAUCGUGGACGAUCCGGAGGGCUUCUUCGAGCAGGGAGGCUGGUCUUUCUUGGACCCGGACAGCGAGGGAAGCGGUGCGGAGGAAGACUCCGAGUCGGAAAUGGAGGAUGAAACAUUUAACCCCUCGGCUGACGAAGAGGAGGAGGAAGAGGAGGACAGCGACGAGGAUUACAGCUCGGAAACGGAAGACUCUGAUUACAGCGCCUCAUUGGGCAGCGAGGAGGAGAGCGGCAAAGACUGGGACGAGUUGGAGGAGGAAGCCAGGAAAGCCGACAAAGAGAGCCACUACGAGGACGAGGACACCUCAAACAGGAAGCGGAAGGUCCGAUCAUCGGCCCCGCCCAGCAAGAAGAAGCGGCGGUCCUAAACUGCUCUCACACACACACACACACACUCAUACUGCCAAACCCGGUUUAGACUCGACCUGUCCUCCUGCCCCAACUGGCUCUUUUUGACGCUCACAUUCAGACACACACGUUGAGACAAAUGUGUACAUAGACGUAGAACCCCCCCGUCCCUUUGUUUUUGUGUUGGUCAGUGAAGCGUCUUGUUGUGAAGGUGGAAGAACCAGCAGGACAGUCGCACUUCAUGAGCUUUUCUUCUUCAUUCCUUAGUAACUUUUUUUUUUUUUCAUCUUCUUCUUCCCCCCUCUGCCCGUCAGGGUCUCUCGUUUGUCUGUGUGAGUGUGUGUGUGUGUGCAUGCGUGUCUAAAUGGGUUUUUAUUGCAAGCAUUGUUUAUUUUCUGUUUAAAAAGAUUGGUUUCUUAAUUAAUGGAUAAUAAAAGAUGACUUGACAUAUCCUCUGCCAAGUGUUUUAUAUAAAAACUGAUAGAUUUAUUAUUCCUUCAUCCCCACCCAUCUUGUCUCAUGUUUUCCUCUGAUUGUUAAAUUGUGUUAACAAGGUGGACGUUUGCCUUUUUUAUUUCUUUUUUUCCUUUUUUUUUUUUUUAAAAAGUGGGGUUUGUAAACUUCAGCAUACACACGCCCACACUCACACACACCGCCUCCCUCACACUCAUCCUCAGUUUCCUCUUUUGUUCUACCAGAGUAGAUAUGAUGUACUGUUAAUUCUGAAAAUGUUUUUUGUUUUUGUAAUAAAACUAAAAGGAACUGUAGCUUUUGUUUUCAGUGCCUUUUCUUGGUCUUUCGCCUCAGCGGAGUCGGAGCACAGAGGCGGUGCUUUUGAGAAUAAAAGGAACAAAAUAAAACGGCACUAGUAAUCUAGGUUUACUGUAAAUGAUAAUUAACAGCAGCCGCCUACUGACUUCAUGGCCUU